GGUACUUGGUUUCUAUCGACCACAUUUAAACCUAAUUUUUCAAUUCCGCCCCUUUUAAUUCAUCUCUUUCUUUUUUUGGCUCCUCUUUCUCGCCCCUUCUGUUUUUCUCCUCUUUCGAAACCCUAACUUUCUCUCUGGUGUUUUCAGCUUCUAUUUUCUUGUCCUUUCUCUAUCUUUCAACAAAUAGUUGUUUGGAUCUGGUAAGAAUGGAAUUUGGUGGCGGUCGCAAGAGAGGGAGACCUGAGACUCCAUUGAAUGGGAAUGGCGGCCCCAAGAAGUACAAACAAGAAAUGGACUCCUUUCCAACUGGUAUAGGAAGCAAAUCGAAGCCAUGCACAAAGUUUUACAGCACUUCUGGAUGCCCAUUUGGUGAGGGAUGCCAUUUCUUGCAUUAUGUUCCUGGUGGAUUCAAAGCUGUGUCUCAGAUUCUUAAUAUUGGUAGUGUGAGUAGUCCAGCUCUUGCACCUGCUGGCAGAAAUUCAGUUGCCCCACCCUCCUUUCCAGAUGGAUCAUCACCUCCAGCUGUGAAAACUCGUUUGUGCAAGAAAUACAACACAGCUGGGGGUUGCAAGUUUGGUGACAAAUGCCAUUUUGCCCAUGGUGAAUGGGAGCUAGGCAAACCAACCGGUCCAGCCUAUGAAGAUCCUCGUACCAGGGGGCCCAUGCCUAGCAGAAUGGGUGGUCGAAUGGAGCCUCCUCCACAAACUCAUGCAGCUGCAGCCAGCUUUGGGGUUUCAUCCACUGCCAAGAUUAGUGUUGAUGCUUCGCUUUGUGGAGCCAUCAUUGGGAAAAAUGGCGUGAACUCCAAGCAUAUUUGUCGCGUAACAGGAGCCAAGCUUUCCAUUAGAGACCAUGAAACAGACCUUAACUCUAGGAACAUUGAGCUGGAGGGUACAUUUGAGCAAAUCAAGCAAGCUACUGCUAUGGUCCGUGAUCUUAUCUACAAUCUAGGUUCAGGUUCUGUACCUCAUAUGAAGAACCCAGCUAUAACUGGAGCGGCCAACAACUUUAAGACUAAAAUCUGUGAAAGCUUUACAAAGGGGAUCUGCACCUUUGGGGAUAGGUGCCACUUUGCACAUGGGGCUGAAGAAUUGCGCAGGCCGGGGAUGUAAUAUUGUGUUUACUGUUUGUUCUUUUAUUUCCUUUUAACAGUGAUAGGACUUAUUAACAUCGGUUCUUGGGUUUGUCAUCUCAGUUUUGCUUUUCAGAAUCAAAGGUAGAUUUUACUUAUUUGAAAUUUUAUCCAUGUUCAGAAAGUUUGAUGAUUUGCUCCUGUCUAUGGUGACCAUAUGGAAUGUGGUUAGAAGUCAGUCUUAUAAAGGAAAAAUUGGAUAAUGUUUGCA